AUGAUCGGUAUCACAGGAGAAGAUUUUGAUGACAUUGAUUGUACUCUAAUGAUGGGUGAGAUAGUCUUCUUUGAAGGCGUGUGUACCUUCUGCAAGAAUGAUGAUUCACACCUACAGAAGCUCAAGGAAGAUUAUUAUCAUUUGUCCCAAAAUCUCUUCCUACAUGCACCUGACAGCAUUCCUCACUGGACGACGUCUGAGAGCAUGAGAACUACAGUAAAACGAGGCGAAUUAAUAGAACACAUCAUAAAAGUAAUUGACACAACUAACGAUAAUGAAGUGCACGAAUUACCUCCAGAGCAAAGACAAUGCAAUCUGCCGAAAGAAAUUGAUAAACAUUUCCUGUACCCCUUCUACAGCCAUUCUGCCUGUGCAAUUGCUUGUCGCUCUAGGCAUACAAUGAAGAUAUGCAAUUGCACCCUUCAUUUCUUGCCUCAAACUUCAACUGGCUGUCCAUGUACUGAAGAAGGAUUAAGUUGCAUUGAUGAUAUUUUCACACAACUGAAGAACAUGAAAAUAAGAAGUGAUGUACCACCAGAUGGUGAAGAAGAGGAUUGUUUUUGUCCACCGUCCUGCUCUGAAUCUGAAUACCAAUACAUAUCAAAACCACUUAUAAACUAUGAAUCACCUAAUAAAGACUGGGCUAUUGUGAAAAUAAAACUUGCUUACCUGCCAUCUGAGAGGUUCACAAGACGUGUUAUUUGUGGAAAACUUGACUUUGCAGGUAUGAAUUGAUUAUUGAAAAUUAAUUAUUAGCACAACUAGAAAAUGUAUUAAAAAACCAACAAAAAACAACUAACAAACACUUGGACAUUAAAGACUUUUGUUGAAAAUUAACUCAAGCAAUGAAAUAUAGAUUACAACUUGCACACGUAAUAAUUAAUUUUUAUUAAUUAAUUAAGUUCAGAAAUUAAAUAAUCAAAAACAUACAAAAAACAAAACCUCUUUUAUAUGAAUCACACAUAUCUUCCAUCAGAAUUAUCAUUCCUGAUGUUAUUUCUAGCUGAUAUAACGCUCAAGAAAAUGUUUAAUAACUAUAAAAUGCUCUUUAGUGUGUGUAGGUGGUGUGGGAGGCUUGUUACUUGGGGCAAGUCUCCUGAGUUUGAUAGAGAUCGUGCACUUUCUCUUCCUGAGACCAUUGAUGAAUCUAUGUCAAAAACUUGGAUCUCAUCACUGACUGUGGCAAUCUCCAGCCCACACUCACCUUCACAAAUUGUAGAGAAGCAAGUAUUACAGAAGACUCAAAAAAGAACUCUUUCAAUAAUCUCAGCCUUUUGCUAAUGUUUGUAAAUGAAAAGCAAUUCACAAUAUCCAGUGUAAUACAUUUAUUCAUUCAUAUUAACAACAGUAUGAUCAAACAUACAAGCUCUAGGAGGUAACAUAACUUAUGUCAAAUGGAGAAAGAAUGCAACAAUUUGCAUUUUUAUAAUUGAAUUUGUCAGUUAGAUUAUAGUUAAUUACUUAUAUCUAAUCUAUAAAUCAUUAUGUCCAUUAGAGAAAAUAAAAAGAAUUCCAUAUGUAAGUGCGGCUGUUCUCAUUUAAUGACACAUACAGUUGUCACACAAAAUAGGGAAUAUAUUUUGUAAAAUACACAACCCAUGUUUUGAUGAGAACCAAUUCCUGAUAAUGUGAGAACUACAAAAUAAUUUUCCUGGUGAAAUUUCAAAAGAAUGCAUCAUUUCUUUGAGAGUGCGUAUAUAUAUCAUUUGAAGAUUUAUUUGCUGAUAAAAAAAAUCUACAAUGAUUGUACAAUCUCUUCAAAAAUAACAUAAUUCUUGAAAGAAAGAAUCACACAUCAAGUCUGUUUACCAUGUCAAGUACACACAAAAUAA